AUGAAAACAGCGGGUGCUAGAGCUCUGUUGCGCAACGGAAGGGAAAGCACUGCCAAUAGCCCAUCUGUUGCAUACUAUAAGGUUCUUGAGUACGAAAUGAUUGGUAGCUACUUGAGUGGUCUUUACUAUUGCCGUUAUAAGUGCUUUUUGUCUCGUCCAAGUGGCAACACAAACUCGGUCACUAUGAAGAGUACUCAAAUAGUGAUGCAACUCCGACCAUGGUACGCUGCAUUGUCUGUUUUAAAUCUCAUUAAUUAUGAUAUUGACUAG